CUGGCAGGUGCCCCCCGGCGCGGAGGCUGAUUGGCAGGUGCGGGAGUGGGUGGGGAAGGCGGGGGCUGGGCCUGGCGCUGCGGGAGGCUGCGGCCCCGCCUCCCCGCCCCCGCCGCGGGACUAUCUGGUCCCGGCAGCAGCGAUGUCCCCCGGCAGGAAUGUCCCUCCUCAGAUAAUGUUAUUUAUAUCUCUGGGCGGGUCCGCGGCUCGGCAGCACCAGGCGCCCGGCGGCUGCUGUGCUAGGAGCCCCGUGCUGCCCUCUUCCCCCUGCGCCGCCGCCGCCCCCGGGCUCGGGGUGGCGGCCGCUACAGCCCCAGCGCAGGGACCCUUCCAUGAAGACUGAGGCAGGCGAAACCGCUGAGAGCCUGCUGACAUGACAUCGGCCACGGAGUUUGAAAACGUGGGCAACCAGCCACCGUACAGCCGGAUCAAUGCCCGCUGGGCUGCCCCGGACGAUGAGCUGGAUAAUGACAACAGCUCAGCCAGGCUCUUUGAGAGGUCCCGGAUCAAGGCCUUGGCAGACGAGCGGGAAGUUGUUCAGAAGAAGACCUUCACGAAAUGGGUAAACUCGAACCUGGCCCGAGUACCCUGCCGCAUCACCGACCUCUACAAGGACCUGCGGGACGGGCGCAUGCUCAUCAAGCUGCUGGAGGUGCUCUCUGGAGAGAUGCUGCCAAAGCCCACGAAGGGGAAGAUGCGCAUCCAUUGCCUGGAGAAUGUGGAUAAGGCCCUACAGUUCCUCAAGGAGCAGCGUGUACACCUGGAAAACAUGGGCUCCCAUGACAUCGUGGAUGGUAACCACCGCCUGGUCCUGGGCCUCAUCUGGACCAUCAUCCUUCGCUUCCAGAUUCAGGACAUUGUUGUGCAAACUCAGGAAGGCCGUGAGACACGCUCGGCCAAGGAUGCGUUGCUGUUGUGGUGUCAGAUGAAGACAGCAGGCUACCCCCAGGUCAAUGUCACCAACUUCACCUCCAGCUGGAAGGAUGGCCUGGCCUUUAACGCCCUGAUACACAAGCACCGGCCUGACCUGAUUGACUUUGAUAAGCUGAAAGACUCGAACGCGCGGCACAACCUGGAGCACGCCUUCAAGGUGGCCGAGCGCCAGCUGGGCAUCAUCCCGCUCCUGGACCCCGAAGAUGUCUUCACAGAAAACCCUGAUGAGAAAUCCAUCAUUACCUACGUGGUGGCGUUUUACCACUACUUCUCCAAGAUGAAGGUGCUCGCGGUAGAGGGCAAGCGCGUUGGCAAGGUCAUUGACCAUGCCAUUGAGACGGAGAAGAUGAUUGAAAAGUAUAGUGGGCUGGCCACAGAGCUGCUCACAUGGAUUGAGCAGACCAUCGCCGUCCUGAACAGCCGCAAGUUUGCCAACUCCCUGACGGGCGUCCAACAACAGCUACAGGCUUUCAGCACCUACCGCACUGUGGAGAAGCCCCCUAAGUUCCAGGAGAAGGGGAAUCUGGAAGUCCUACUUUUUACCAUCCAGUCCCGGAUGAGAGCCAACAAUCAGAAAGUGUAUACCCCUCACGAUGGGAAACUAGUGUCAGACAUCAACCGGGCCUGGGAAAGCCUGGAGGAGGCUGAGUAUCAGCGGGAGCUGGCUCUGAGGAAUGAGCUCAUUCGGCAAGAGAAGCUGGAGCAGGUGGCCCGGCGCUUUGACCGGAAGGCUGCCAUGAGGGAGACGUGGCUCAAUGAAAACCAGCGCCUGGUGGCUCAGGAUAACUUUGGGUAUGACCUGGCAGCCGUGGAGGCCGCCAAGAAGAAGCAUGAGGCCAUCGAGACGGACACAGCUGCUUAUGAGGAGCGGGUGAAGGCCCUGGAGGACCUGGCCCAGGAGCUGGAGAAGGAGAAUUACCAUGACCAGAAGCGCAUCACGGCCCGCAAGGACAACAUCCUGCGCCUGUGGAGCUACCUGCAGGAGCUGUUGCGGUCUCGGCGCCAGAGGCUCGAGGCCACCCUGGCCUUGCAGAAGCUCUUCCAGGACAUGCUGCACAGCAUUGACUGGAUGGACGAGAUCAAGGCUCACCUCUUGUCUGCCGAGUUCGGGAAGCACUUGUUGGAAGUCGAGGACUUGCUACAGAAGCACAAGUUGAUGGAGGCUGACAUCGCCAUCCAAGGGGACAAAGUGAGGGCCAUCACCGCAGCCACACUGCAGUUCGCCGAGGAGAAAGGAUACCAGCCUUGUGACCCCCAGGUUAUCCGGGACCGUGUCAGCCAUCUGGAGCAGUGCUUUGAGGAGCUGAGCAACAUGGCAGCCGGGCGGAAGGCCCAGCUGCAGCAGUCUAAGCGGCUCUGGAAGUUCUUCUGGGAGAUGGAUGAAGCAGAGAGCUGGAUCAAGGAGAAGGAGCAGAUCUACUCUUCCCUGGACUAUGGCAAGGACCUGACGAGUGUGCUCAUCUUACAGCGCAAGCACAAGGCCUUCGAGGAUGAGCUCCGCGGGCUGGACGCCCACCUGAAGCAGAUCUUCCAGGAGGCAGAGGGCAUGGUCGCGCGGAAGCAGUUUGGGCACCCACAGAUUGAGGCCCGAAUCAAGGAGGUGUCCGCCCAGUGGGACCAGCUGAAGGAGCUAGCCGCCUAUCGCAAGAAGAACCUCCAGGAUGCCGAGAACUUCUUCCAGUUCCAGGGGGACGCUGACGACCUGAAGACCUGGCUGCAGGACGCCCACUGGCUGCUCUCAGGCGAAGACGUGGGGCAGGAUGAGGGGGCCACGCGGGCCCUGGGGAAGAAGCACAAGGACUUCCUGGAGGAGCUGGAAGAAAGCCACGGGGUGAUGGAGCAUCUGGAACAGCAGGCCCAGGGCUUCCCCCAAGAGUUUCGGGAUUCCCCAGAUGUGACCAACCGGCUGCAGGCCCUCCGGGAGCUCUACCAGCAGGUGGUGGCCCAGGCAGACCUGCGUCGGCAGAGGCUGCAGGACGCCCUGGACCUGUACACGGUGUUUGGGGAGACAGAUGCCUGUGAGCUGUGGAUGGGGGAGAAGGAGAAGUGGCUCACCCAGAUGGAGAUCCCAGACACACUGGAGGACCUGGAGGUCGCACGGCACAGGUUUGACAUCCUGGACCAGGAGAUGAAGACCUUGAUGACGCAGAUUGACGGCGUGAACCUCGCUGCCAACAGCCUGGUAGACAGCGGCCAUCCACGCAGUGGGGAAGUGAAGCAGUACCAGGACCACCUGAACGACAGGUGGCAGGCAUUCCAGACCAUAGUGUCAGACCGGCGGAAGGCAGUGAACUCGGCCCUCCGGGUGCGAAACUACUGCGUGGAUUGUGAGGAGACCAGCAAGUGGAUCGAAGACAAGAUGCAGGUGGUGCGGGCCAUGAAGGACCUGGCAGGCAUCAUUGCCAUCCAGCGGAAGCUGUCAGGGCUGGAGCACGACGUGGCCGCCAUCCAGGACCGUGUGGGUGCCCUGGAGCAGGAGUCGCAGCAGCUGAUGGCCUCACACCCCGAGCAAGGAGAGGACAUCGGCCAGUGGCAGGCAUGUGUGGAGACGCUGUGGCAGCAACUGCAGGAAGCCCUAAAAGAGCAGGAAGCCUCACUGGGGGAAGCCAGCAAACUCCAGACCUUCCUACAGAAUCUGGAUGACUUCCAGGCCUGGCUGUCCAUGGCCCAGAAAUCUGUGGCCUCCGAGGACAUGCCUGAGUCUUUCCCGGAGGCCGAGCAGCUCCUACAGCAGCACGUGGCCAUCAAAGACGACAUUGACAGGCACCAAGAGAACUUCCAGAAGGUCAAGGAGUCCGGGAAGAAUGUGAUCCGUGAUCAGACAGACCCAGAGUACCUGCUCCUGCGCCAGAGGCUGGAGGGUCUGGAUGCUGGCUGGGAUGCCCUGUGCCGCAUGUGGGAGAGCCGCAACCACUCCCUCGCCCAGUGCCUUGGCUUCCAGGAGUUCCAGAGAGAUGCCAAGCAAGCUGAAGCCAUCCUCAGCAAUCAGGAAUAUACUCUGGCUCACUUGGAGCCCCCAGACUCCCUUGAAGCUGCAGAGGUUGGAAUCCGGAAGUUUGAGGACUUCUUGGUAUCUAUGGAGAACAACGAGGAUAAGGUCUUGAGUCCUGUGGACUCUGGAAACAAGCUGGUAGCUGAAGAAAACCUCUACUCAGACAAGAUCCUGGAGAAGGUGCAGCUGAUCGAGGACAGGCACAAGAAAAACAAGGAGAAGGCUGAGGAGGCUUCUGUCAUUUUGAAGGACAACUUGGAGCUCCAGCACUUCCUCCAGAACUGCCAGGAGCUCACUCUCUGGAUCAAUGACAAGCUGCUAACGUCUCAGGAUGUCUCCUAUGAUGACGCGAGAAACCUACAAAACAAGUGGGCAAAGCACCAGGCCUUUAUGGCAGACCUGGCUUCCCACCAGGGGUGGCUGGAUAGCAUCGAUGCGGAAGGAAAGCAGCUGAUGGAAGAGAAGACCCAGUAUACAGCCCGGGUGGCCCAGAGGCUGGAAGACUUGCACCGGCUCUGGGAUGAGCUUCAGGCCACCACACAGGAGAGGGCCCAGCAUCUCUCAGCUGCCAGGAGCUCCUACCUGCGCUCACAGACCCAUGCCGACCUCAACAAGUGGAUCAGUGCUAUGGAGGACCAGCUGCGGUCUGAUGACCCCGGCAAGGACCUGACCAGUGUCAACCGGAUGUUGGCGAAGCUGAAGCGUGUGGAGGACCAAGUGAACGUGCGGAAGGAGGAGUUGGGGGAGCUGCUUGCCCAGGUGCCCUCGCUGGGAGAGGAGGCAGGAGACACAGACAUGAGCAUCGAGAGGCGGUUCCUGGACCUCCUAGAGCCCCUGGAGAGGAGGAAGAAGCAGCUGGAAUCAUCCCGAGCCAAGCUGCAGAUCACCAGGGACUUAGAAGAUGAGACGCUCUGGGUGGAAGAGAGGCUGCCUCUGGCCCAGUCAGCCAACUACGGCACGAAUCUGCAAAAUGUGCAGCUGUUAAUGAAGAAGAAUCAGACGCUGCAGAAUGAGAUCCUGGGCCACGCACCGCGGGUGGAGGACGUGCUGCAGAGAGGGCGGCAGCUGCUGGAGGCGGCUGAGAUUGACUGUCAGGACAUCCAGGACCGCCUGGGGCACCUGCAGGAUGCAUGGGAUGCGCUUCAGGAGGCGGCGGCUGGGCGGCUACAGCGCCUGCGGGAUGCCAGCGAAGCCCAGCAGUACUACCUGGACGCGGGCGAGGCCGAGGCCUGGAUCAGCGAGCAGGAGUUCUACAUCAUCUCCGACGAGAUCCCCAAGGACGAAGAGAGCGCCAUCGUGAUGCUGAAGCGGCAUUUGAGGCAGCAGCACGCGCUGGAGGAAUACGGGAGGAACAUCAAGCAGCUGGCCACCAGGGCCCAGGGCCUCCUGUCCGCGGGCCACCCUGAGGGGGAGCAGAUCAUACGACUUCAGGGGCAAGUGGACAAGCAGUACGCAGGGCUGAAGGAGGUAGCCGAAGAACGCAGGCGGAAGCUGGAGAACAUGUAUCACCUGUUCCAGCUGAAGAGGGAGACAGAUGACUUGGAGCAGUGGAUUUCAGAAAAGGAGCUGGUGGCCUCCUCCCCUGAGAUGGGGCAAGACUUUGACCAUGUUACUCUGCUCCGGGACAAGUUCCGGGACUUUGCCCGUGAGACAGGGGCAAUUGGGCAGGAGCGGGUGGACAACGUGAACAUCAUCAUUGAGCAGCUCAUCGACGCCGGCCACAGCGAGGCGGCCACGAUUGCCGAGUGGAAGGAUGGGCUAAAUGAAAUGUGGGCGGACCUACUGGAGCUCAUUGACACGCGCAUGCAGCUGCUGGCCGCCUCCUACGACCUGCACCGCUACUUCUACACGGGCACGGAGAUCCUGGGCCUCAUUGAUGAGAAGCACCGAGAGCUGCCUGAGGACGUGGGGCUGGACGCCAGCACAGCCGAGUCCUUCCACCGGGUGCACACGGCCUUCGAGCGGGAGCUCCACCUGCUGGAACUGCAGGUCCAGCAGUUCCAGGAUGUGGCUGGCCGCCUGCAGAAGGCAUAUGCUGGGGAGAAAGCAGAGACCAUCCAGAACAAGGAGCAAGAAGUGUCCGCCGCCUGGCAAGCGCUGCUUGAAGCCUGUGCUGGCCGCCGCACCCAGCUGGUAGACACGGCAGACAAGUUCCGCUUCUUCAGCAUGGCCCGGGACCUCCUCUCCUGGAUGGAAAGCGUCAUCCGGCAGAUUGAGACCCAGGAGAAGCCUAGGGAUGUCUCCUCAGUGGAACUGCUCAUGAAGUAUCACCAGGGCAUCAAGGCAGAGAUCGACACCCGGAGCAAGAACUUUAGCGCCUGCCUAGAGCUGGGGGAGUCCCUGCUGGAGAGGCAGCACCAGGCCUCGGAGGAGAUUAGUGAGAAACUGAAGCAGGUGCUAUCCAGGAGGAAGGAGAUGGAUGCGAAGUGGGAGGACCGCCAGGAACAGCUCCGCAUGCUACUGGAAGUGUGCCAGUUCUCAAGGGACGCCUCUGUGGCCGAAGCGUGGCUGAUCGCCCAGGAGCCCUACCUGGCCAGCCGGGACUUUGGACACACGGUGGAUGGUGUGGAGAAGCUUAUCAGGAGGCAUGAGGCUUUUGAGAAGUCCACGGCCAGCUGGGCAGAGCGCUUUGCCGCCCUGGAGAAGCCCACCACGCUUGAGCUAAAAGAACGCCAGACCCCAGACAAACCCGAAGAGGAGAGUGGGCCUCAAGAGGAAGAAGGGGAGACAGCAGGGGAGGCUCCCCGAGGUCCGCAUCGCGCAGCCACCGAGAGAACGUCCCCGGCACAAAGGCAGGCCACAAAGGCCUCUGCAGAUGGGACCAGGUCCGCUCCCCUUCUUGUGGACAUCUGUCUCCAGUGGAGGCCCCUCACUGGGCUGGGCAGGGGCCGGAACACCCCAUGCCCCCCAGGGAAGUGCAGGGAGGGGGAAGAAGAGAGCCAGUGGCCUCAGGACCUACAGCCACCACUCCUUCCGGGGCCGCAGGAGAAAUCCAGUGGGGAUGAGAGGCCCGCCACCGAGCCUCUCUUUAAGGUCCUAGACACGCCUCUGAGUGAGGGUGAUGAGCCUACAACGCUGCCAGCCCAGCGGGACCACGGGUACAGCGUGCAGAUGGAGGGCUACCUGGGACGCAAGCAUGACCUGGAGGGACCCAACAAGAAGGCAUCCAACAGGUCGUGGAACAACCUGUACUGUGUGCUCCGGAACAGCGAGCUGACCUUCUACAAGGACGCCAAGAACCUGGCACUGGGGGUGCCCUACCACGGGGAGGAACCCCUGGCCCUGAGACACGCCAUCUGUGAGAUCGCGGCCAACUACAAGAAGAAGAAGCAUGUCUUCAAGCUGCGGCUGAGCAAUGGCAGUGAGUGGCUCUUCCACGGCAAGGACGAGGAGGAGAUGCUGUCCUGGCUGCAGGGCGUGAGCACCGCCAUCAACGAGUCCCAGAGCAUCCGCAUCAAGGCACAGAGCUUGCCCCUGCCCUCCGUCACCGGCCCUGAUGCCAGCCUUGGCAAGAAAGACAAGGAGAAGAGAUUCAGCUUCUUCCCCAAAAAGAAGUAGCCUCUCUGGCGCCCCGCCGGCGGGACCGGGCCGUGUAGGGACUGGCGGGGCGCCCAUGGCCUCAGCCCGGGCCCAGUCCUCCCCUGCCCCUGCCUGCCUGUUCCAACCGCGACCACGGCCGGCGGCCAGGGGCCCGCUGCGCUGCGAUGCCUGUCUCCACCGGCUCCUACCCGCCUCUGCUCCCGUGCAGCCCAGGCUCCCGCCCAGGGCCAGGAGCCCCUGGGGCGGGAAACGGUUUCCCAGGCGCCCGCGCUCCUCUCCUGCCUGCCCCCCUCCUCCCGACGGAGGGCCCUCUGGCCCUCAAGCCCCACAAAAACUGGAAAAGACAGAGGAGGUUCCUCAGAUGCUGUCCACUCCCAAAGCAGGCCUUGCUUGGGGCUGCCUCCCAUUUGGUCACGGCCAGGGAAAUGGAAGAGAACAAGGGAAAUGCCUGAGAUGCCCCUUAGGGGCAUGAGGAAGGAGCUUCAGGUAGGCACCCAGGGCACUAGCUCUAGCCGAGGGGCUGCUGGGGACCCCAGAGACACAAGGGGCCUUUCCCACGGGGCUUCCUUGGAACUGGGACUCAUACCUCAGGGGCCACCAUAUCCCUUCCACCUUCUUGCUCUCACCAAAAAAAAAAAAAAAAGUGGGGGAGGGGCACUACCAAGGUUGGUGGGUCCUAAAUGUAAGGGCCUCCCCUGCCUCCGGGGCCCUCUGAUACCACCACAGGUGGUAGAAGGGAACAAGAGUUCUCAAGCUGGUUCUCUCAGACCUUGACAUUGCCCAAGGCUCUGCCUCUCCACUCUGGGAUCCUCCCCAACUCCCAGGCAAACCAGCACUGUCCAACUCAGACCCAGGGUCCCUUAGGGACAGUACAGUUCCCCAGACUGAAGAUGGAUAGCCAGCAUCUGCAGUGAAGCAGCCCAAAGCCAAAGGCUCAAUGUCCUGGCUGUAGCUGGUACCAUCUGAGAGUACUGGCUGAACAGUGAAGUUCGUGACCUAUCACCCUGGGCGGCAAACGGAACCGUAAGCUGGGUACUACCACCCAUGUCACACCACCGCUGGGAAACUACGACAAAUGCCGGGGGCUGGGCCAUGAAGGUACAGCACCCCUUGCUCAGCUUCUCCUGAGGUCCUUAUCAAGUCACAUGGGUAUAAAGGCCAAACAUCUAACACCCCCUUCCCCAAGCCCAGCUGAAAGGAGCCCUGUGCACAAUUUCCCCAGGGAAAGGCUCCCCCCACCCCACCUUCCCCAUGCUGUGAAGGUCCAACCUCUGGGGGAAAGAGGGCACUCGUUCCCAAAGAUCUCCCCACCACUCUGAAAGCAAUACAGCUCCAACCCAGCAUCUUCACUGGGUUUAGGUCCAAAAGAGGGGUCAAACUAGGGGCAGCAAGUGUUUCCCCCCCUGAAGAGACCCUAAGUCCCUGGGGCCUCAGCUGCUACUCUAUCACCUUCCCUAUGAGGAGCCUCGGGCACACGGAGAGGAUUCCUCUGGAAGGGGGGGGUGAGGUUCCGGUUGCAACCACGGGGCUAGGCACCCAGAGUUACUAGGCCUUCCCAGGAGCCCUUCUUGUAGGCACAGCUUAGAGAUCAGAACCACCCUACCAAAGGGUAGCUAACUAACUUCAAACAAGAACAGCAGGAGGGAAGUUCUCCAUGGGAGCUUGACAUCCCCAGAUCAGGGUAGGGGGUCUCACCUUUGUAGCCAGGGUCUUCCCUUGGCCUCUAUGCAUCUAACCCUACAUCCCUCUUAGCAUCUACAGAGAAGCUAGUAUAUACCACUCACCAGCCUCUUUCUCCCUCUGGGGAAACAGGCAGGAGGCCGUGCAGUGACUACACUCGCCUGGCAAUGAAGGCCUCUGGAGCAUCUGAGGGCAUGUCGUGCUCCAAGGCAAACAGCACGUUCCUUACUGCAGAGCAGGUAGUGGCAACCAUCUUCCUCAAUUCUUUCCCUGGGCCAGUCUUUAGGGAGAUAAGGUGCCCCCCUCUUCCUUCCAUGCGUGCCAAAGUAGCAACUGAGGUGAGAAAUUUCCAGCAAGCAAUCCCAUAGCCCAAAGACUGAAAGGGCCCCAAAGGAAGAGGGAGGAUCCCACCAGUCCCCCAGGACUCCCGGACUGGGCAAUGGCAGCCAGCCACAUGUGACCCACUGGCUCUUGCCAGCUCCCCAGGCACCCCUCCCCCAUCACGCAGGCCCCGAGACACUCACCCAACAGCCCUGAAGCUACAGAAGGCCGGCUUGGGGAGAUUGUGCCACAGGGGGUGAAGUUCCUGUGCCCCUGGCAAGGGAUUUCCCCUCCUUCCAUUUUCUACUUUGCAAUCUUUUCGCAGUAUUCCCAAACUAGGUUGACACACUCCAGUCCACACCAGCAUAACAGGCUUCCUCCCCAGGGCAGCUUAGAGGAAGCUCCUUCUAGGUAUGGUCAGGUGGUCCUCCUUCCUUCUCUCCUUCCCCUUCAUCCCCUGGCCCCUCAUGGUUGCUUGAGGGUGGGGGAAGGGCAGUAUGGAAGGUCGCCAGGCAUCCCCUCAGCCCCCACAAACUAGCACCCCUAACUGGAAGCUUGUGGAAGGCUCAGCGUCCCCACCACACCACUUCUCUUUCCUGCCUGUUGGAGGGCAGCUAGGGUUCCCAAGGUUGGUCCUGGAUCUCGCUCGCCACCCUUUAGCGGGAGCGGGCAAGGAUCCAGAGGACCAUACGGCCUGGUCCCUUGGACAAGCAAGCUCAGGGAGGACACAAGGGAGGAGGCAGCUCCACAAGACUGCAACCCUGUUGGGCACAGACCACACAAUCUGGUGCUGGCCCUGGGGCCAGCUGGGCCUUGUCCUCCACCUGCUCAAAUGUGCUUCCACCAACCAGAGAAAACCCAUUUACUAGUUUUUCUAAUAAAUCAAUAAUGCUCCA